GGAGGGCGCCUCCCACCGAAAUACGGCGCCUGUGCCUGUCGCCACGGCGGCUUGGAGGUGGCAUCCCUGGAAGCACAGCUCUAGCGAGGCGCUGAUUGCUGCACGGCGAAACUUACUGCGGUUGGAUUGCCCCAUUACCGGUGCACGUAACCGGAGGCUUGUGUUGUGGCCUGUCUUUGGUUAUCACAACGCAUCUGUUCGACGUAGAGAUUCUCCCUUAACUAAUGCUUAAAUUUUGUUCCAAUAGCCCUGUUUUUUCAGUAGUAGUUGUCCCAGAAGGCUUGAACUGUUGUGCGAAUGGUGUGCUGGUUUUAAGUCAGAGCCUCUUGAGGGUGGAGUAGCGUGUUUCUUUUUGUCUGGUCAGGUAGCAGUGCUUUAGCAGGGCUGCUUUUUAUUGUUUUCGAAUUUAGUUUGGAGAACUGCUUUAGUCUGCAUUGCAAGCACGUUAGUUUUUGUUUAUAGUAUUUUGAAGAAUGCUUUUGAAAGCAAAUUAUGUUGCUACUUAAAUCUCCAUGGCCUCUGUUAGCAUUAUAACUUGUAUGUCAUAUGGUUGAAUAAAUCCAUUUUUGUGACUAGCAAAGCAUGCAGUUCUGAUUUACUUCUUAAUGGGAUUUAUGGACUCGGUCCAGGCUGUUGAUGGCAUCUGAGCUGUUUGCCAUCUGCAGAAGUCAGAAUGGGCAUUGUCUGUCAACACACUGCUCCUUGGUUGCUCAAAGCUUGGAGCGAGCGUUCAGUCUGUAUAAUUAGAGCUGCUUUAGUUGUGAUGAUUGAGUCCUUUUGUUCUUGAAAUUCUAGAAAUGAGUUUUAGCCCUGGUCUGGUUGAAGGCUGGGAAAAGGAGGAGUGCUGCUGGUUAGGGCAGAAGCGGAAAUCUUGAUGGAAAUGGAAGACUAUUCAUUAUUUUUUUUUUCUUUUAUUUCUACAUUUCUCCCAGUAUUCAAGAAACUAUUUUAACACAGGCACCAACUUAGGUGAAGAAAUACUUACAGUGUUCCUUGUAUAAAUGCAUUAAUGCAUUUUAAAAAAAAAUGUUUCCUGCUGCUUAAAUAGUGACUCUUUUGAGAGACACGGAAAAGCAGAUGUUGAAACAUGCACAAAGGUGAAGAGACUUCUCUAAUAUUGCAGUAAAUUAGAAGCUACUAUAGCUAGAACCAUGUUUGCGCUAAACCGUAUUGUCUCUAGCGUAAAGUAAGUGGUGAAUUCUCCUAGGUGUUUUAUUCAAAUUAGAGCAACUUCUUGUCACCUGAUCGUUAGACCAAAAUGUAUUGUUUGGAAUGUUGGGUAGUUGUGAAAUCAAUGGCUCGCUGUGUAGCCAAAAUGUAAGAUCUUACUCAUCAUCAGGUAUUGACAGGAAGUAUGCAAAGGCAAGGAAAUGCAUGGUCAAGUUGGAGCAACAUACUGAUUCCGCCUUAAAUGGAUCUUGGGCAGCUUUUCUUUAUUGUUCUUACUUUUGAGAAUGUGAACCGCUUUGGUUUGUUUGCUUAACCUAGGAUGGAUGCAACUCUGAAAGAGCUGACCAGCUUAGUGAAAGAAGUCUACCCAGAAGCACGGAAGAAGGGCACACACUUCAACUUUGCAAUUGUCUUUACAGAUCUCAAGAGGCCUGGAUAUAGGGUGAAGGAGAUCGGCAGUACCAUGUCGGGCAGGAAGGGCACAGACGAUUCCAUGACACUGCAGUCUCAGAAAUUCCAGAUAGGAGACUACUUGGAUAUAGCAAUUACUCCUCCAAAUCGUGCACCACCCCCCUCAAGCCGCAUGAGACCGUACUAAACUACUGCUGCUUUGUAUGAUUACAUCUUCUGUUUGUUCCUACUUGCUGUUCUAAAGCAGGCUUAUUUUUUUUGCUUUUGUUGCUAAGCAAGAA